AUGUAUGCAAGUGUAAUUCAACCAAGUGUUUUCACGAUCGAGUACAAAUCCAUUUGUUACUAUUGCAGUUUGGGACCGUUGAUCGGAAUUUGGUGCAUGCGAUAUGAGGCGAAACAUUCGUACUUUAAACGGCUGGCAGUUCCAUGCGGUAAUUUUAUUAACCUGCCGUACUCGUUGGCGAAACGACACCAAGAAGGACCGUGCUACCAGAUUAACACACCGGAAGGUAGCCAUUCUACGUUCCUUGAAAAAGGAAAUGAGAUUGGUCCAGGUAAGGAAGACACGUACAUGCAUGUACAGUAUGACUUUAAUGCUACAUAUGAUUAAUUUAUAGUUAAUAUUUACAGGCACAGAAACCUAUGCUGGAAAGUUAGAAUAUUAUGAUUUGCUCCAGCAGUCAUAUCCCUUAGAUGUAGAUGUCCUAACCUCUGUAUUUGAGUAAGUAUUUGUACUUUUUAUACAGAUUCAAGUCAUGCUUGAGUAGCGGAAAUCCUGUCUAAUACAUUGUACAGUUAUCAUUCCCACACUAAAUUCCCCUCAGAAGAAGUAUUGGUUCAUCAGCUUCAUCUCGUUUCAAAUGCCCUCUUUGUUAAAUAACUAAAAUUCAGUUAUUUAAGAUCUCUAAGAUCUCUUAUUUAAGAUUAGAUUUAUAAGAUCUCUUAUUUAAGAUUUUGUAACUUACAUGUAAUUAAAUUUAAUUAGUUAUUUCGUUUUCAUUUCCUUCUUCAGGGCAAAAUGGGUUGUUAUUGGAGGAACCAAAUACAGAUGCAAUGGCAUCAUACAUAGUGGUUACGAUGAUGAUGAUAUGCCAAGGUUUUGGAAGAUUCGCAAAAUUGUAGUUGUUGCCAAAAAUCUUGCAGCAAUCCAGUUUGUGAUGCAGCCACUAGAUACCACACGGUGGGCAUAAAAGACAGCAAAUUUGGCCACGUACAUAUAACUUUCUCUCUUUAGUUUGGAAUAUCACGAAACUCCCUCACAGGAUAGAACUUAACAUUCCUAAAAAUCGUAUGUUUUUUGUUUUUCGAUUUUGUUACAUUUUGGCGGGAAAAUGACGUGCCAACUUUGGCGCCAAAAAAUUAAACACGAGCUAAGAACAUGCUAGUAACUUUUUCGAAAAGAUUGUCCUAUAAGAAUCUCAAAACUGUAAAAACAUUAAAAAUACAACAAGGCAGUGCGAAGAUAUGGCGAUUCAAAAUUCUAUUUUUACUGAAAAAUCAGCCAUUUUGUUACUAAAAAUAGAUUUUUUUCGAACUUUGAAUCGCCAUAUCCUUGCACUGCCUUGUUGUAUUUUUAAUGUUUUUACAGUUUUGAGAUCCUUAUAGGACAAUCUUUUCGAAAAAGUUACUAGCAUGUUCUUAGCUCGUGUUUAAUUUUUUGGCGCCAAAGUUGGCACGUCAUUUUCCCGCCAAAAUGUAACAAAAUCGAAAAACAAAAAACGUACGAUUUUUAGGAAUGUUAAGUUCUAUCCUGUGAGGGAGUUUCGUGAUAUUCCAAACUAACGAGAGAAAGUUAUAUAUACUUGGCCAAAUUUGCUGUCUUUUAUGCCCACCGUGGGCCAUCUGUUUUAAUAGCCAUUUCCAGGGUUAUGAGGUUAACAUUCCAGAUGAUGACCAGCUGAUGGAAAUCCGACAGCAGAAAGAAUUCACCUGCUACAUCCCGAAACAUCUUUGCAGGCCAUAUGGUCGUCGUGUUGGUCCAACAUGUGUUUGUACCAGAUUUUAUCUUGGUACCAACAAUUAG